UUUUCCCUCUCUUUCUCUCUCUCUCUCUGUCUCUCUCUCUCUCUGUUUCUUUCUUUCUCUUUUAUUCUCUUUAUAUGACUCCAAGACCAGAAAGAAAAAAAAAUUAAAAAAAGAAAUCUUGAAGAAGGAAUGUCAUCUAAAAGAAAUGUUUUGCGGGAAUUUCAACUCCCUGAGGCUUCAAGGAACAGAAAGAAGGUUGAUAUUGAUGGAUUUAGGCUGAUUGAGGCUGAAAAAGAGGCACCAUGGCAAAGAGAACAAGAAAAGCCUGACCGAUUCAAGUCUAAGUAUGAUUUGCGCAAGAGUUUGGCUUGGGAUAGUGCCUUUUUCACAAGUCCAGGAGUUUUGGAUCCUGAAGAGUUGUUUGAGACAUUGAAUUUUCAUGAUGGAGACAAUGGAGAUUCUCAAUCCGAUCUCAAGGAAGCAAAUGGUUUACCUUCUGAGUCCUUGGCGGCAAGUAGAAUUGGUGAGUGUUUUGUCAGAAGAAGUUUAGCUUGGGAUAGUGCCUUUUUUACUAGUGCAGGGGUAUUGGAUCCGGAAGAGUUGUCUAUGGUUAACAAAGGAUAUAAGAAGUCUGAAACACAAAAUCAUAUACUUCCUGGAAUCGAAGAAGAAUUUUGGAAGUCUGCUGACUCAAACUCUACAAUAGAUAGUGAUUACUCCUUGGCAAGUCUUGAGUUUGAUCUUUUUGAUGAUAUGAGGGCAUCCAUGCACAAAUCAAGCAAAGCAUACAAUUUGGUAAAUUCAAGUUCCAACCUCCAAAGCCAAACAGGCAGACAAAAUCCCCAUUCUUCAAAAAGGCUGGAUACUACAAAAUUUCAAAUUAAACCCUUGCCAGCUUCCAGAAGGCAAACUGUUAGCAUGCAUGGAGGGGCAAAGAUAGCAAAAGAAGCUACCAAUCCCCCACGAGCACAGCAUGCCACUCAAUGUGGAGAACAGAAUACUUCAUCUUCCCUUAAGCUGUCGAAGAAAUUCAGCCAGGCCAACCCUCUAUCAGCUGCUGCAACCAAAAGGGCAUCUUUGGGUGCAAACCACUUGAAAAUGGAAAAAAAAAUCAGAAAAGCUGCAUCUGGACAAAUUAUGACAAAGAAGCCUUGUUUUGGUGACUCAGGUAGUGUUAUUCCCAGUUUAACACUAUCUCCAGAACCAGUUUCUUCACGUUGGCGCAUUGCCUCCAGAGAUUUUGGACAAUCUGAUUGCACUCAGUCUACUCCAAUUGCUAAGUCUCCAAAUUCGCUGAGAAGAAAGAAUAAUUUGGCUGCUUGUGAUUCAAGCUCUAGGACUCCUUGUAGAUCCUUAAGUAGAAGCAAAAACAAACUGUUGGAUUCUACUCAACUUACUCAUUUACCAUCCACACCGAACUCCUCUUGCACAUCACUUUCUAGCUCUGUUGGUUGCUGGUCUGCUGAAUCAUCAACUUCUAGGAAUUACGUAUCUAGCAAUUUUUCAACAAGCGUGGAUAUUGCUUUCAGAAGAGGGGUUUCUGCUGCUUCUCAAAGAUCACAUACCAAGAAUCGAUCUUGUGAUCAACCCUUUGUUCAAAAUGAAAGUAAAAAAACAAGGUUGGCAUAUCAAGAUGUUAAUGGAUUCUCAAAGGAAAGUAGUCCUUUACCUCCAGCUGUUUCAAGAGAAAUAAAACCUUCUGGCCUUCGAAUGCCAUCACCAAAGAUUGGAUUUUUUGAUGUGGAAAAUUUUAGUGCAUUAACCCCAAAUGGAGGUCUAAAAUUUCAUUCUGGUAUGCAAAGUACUUCUAAACUUAGAAAUGUUCUGCAUCAUCCUAAUGGCAAUUCAAAUAGAGGCAGAGUUGGUAAACUUCAACCACCAAGAACAUCAACAAGGUCUAGCAAUAUGAAGGAGAGAAAGAUGGGUUCUCAACAAACGGGAAACCAAACCUCCAAGGGUAUCAAGCCUUGUUGUACUAUCCAGCUUGAAGGAGAAAAAGCUUGUCAAGAAUUUACAUUAUCUGGGACCAUUACAAGCUCUCUUGCCACAAGUUUCAUGGCUGGGAGUGAUUCAUCCUGUGAGUGGAGUAGUGGAAAUGGCUUGAAAACUGAUGGUCUGGGAUCUUAUUCAAAAGAAGUCAUUCGACCUGACAGCCAGGGACAUGCCAACCAAAUUGUGAAUUCAUCUCUGAAUCAGAAUGAAGAUGCUAGUGGACACCCUUUGGAAAAUCAGCCGCAUUCAGAUGACAAAGAAAAUUUAUUUAGUUUUGAGAAUGAAGUCGAUGUUCUAAGUAAGCAGAUUGAAGCCAUUGAUUUCAGGGGGGAUUUAGUUAUAGAAUUUUAAGCGCAGAUCAUUUAGUAUUCAG